UCCUGGGUUCAGGGUGAACGACUGUGUGAGGGGACGAGGCCCGGCCGGCGCCCAGUGGACGCGGUCACCGAGCCCCCGCCGGGAGCCCGACGAGUCGCGAAGAGGCCGCGGGGACGGGCCGAGCCGAGCCGAGCCGAGCCGGGAAGCGCCUGCUGUGAGCUGGGAUUAGCUUGGCCUCCCCUCGCCCCGAGGCGGCCGCGGCUCCUCGCCGAGACUCCCCAGGACCCGGGCUGCCCUGAUCCCGGCGGCGGCCAGCCAGGAUAAUGGCCCAAGCAGCAACACCAGCGUUGUCAGUCCAUGAUGAGGACUCCUCUGAAAGCAGAAUGGUGGUUACAUUCCUCAUGUAAGCACUUGAGUCAAUGUGUAAAGAACUUGCGAAGUCCAAGGCAGAAGUCGCCUGUAUUGCUGUGUACGAAACAGAUGUGUUUGUAGUUGGAACUGAGAGGGGAAGAGCUUUUGUCAAUACAAGGAAAGAUUUUCAGAAGGAUUUUGUUAAAUACUGUGUCUCUGAAGAGGAAAAGGCAGCUGAAUUGCAAAAAACAAAGACUACGUCACUUGUAAACAGGCUGACAGUGGAUAUUGUAGAAAUGGAAGCUCUCCGAAAGUCUGUAGAGGAUUUCUUCUGCUUUUGUUAUGGUAAAGCUUUAGGGAAGUCAACGGUAGUCCCUGUGCCAUAUGACAAGAUUCAAAGGGACCAGUCUGCAGUGGUAGUGCAGGGCCUUCCUGAAGGACUUGCAUUUAAACAUCCAGCAAAUUAUGAUGUGACAACACUGAAAUGGAUUUUGGAAAACAAAUCGGGGAUCUCAUUUGUGAUCAAAAGGCCUUUCCUAGAGCCAAAGAAACACCUAGGAGCUCAUGUGACUGUUACAGAUUCUACACGCACAGUUACACCACCAAGUGGAAGUGGCCCUCCUGUCCAAGUAAAAACAGAGCCAAAUGAGGAUUCUGGAAUUUCACUAGAGAUGGCAACAGUAACAGUAAAAGAGGAAUCGGAGGAUCCUGACUACUAUCAGUAUAAUAUUCCAGGCCCUUCAGAAACUUCAGAAAUUGAUGAAAAAAUUGCUCUUGCAAAGAAGUACACAGGAAGCCACCAGGGUUCCGAUUGCAGUGAAGGAACAGAUGUGGAAGUACCAGUAGAAGAUUCUUCUCAGCAUGCCCCUUCUGAGACAAGUGAGGACCCUGAAGUUGAGGUUACCAUUGAAGAUGAUGAGGACUACUUACCACCCAACAAGAGACCGAAGAACACUGAGUCAGCAAAUGAGGCUGCCAAUGCUGGGAGAAGAAAAGUGAGAGAAUUCAAUUUUGAGAAAUGGAAUGCCCGAAUUACAGACUUGAGAAAGCAGGUUGAAGAAUUAUUUGAAAGAAAAUAUGCUCAAGCUAUAAAAGCAAAAGGUCCAGUGUCUAUCCCGUACCCGCUUUUCCAGUCGCAUGUAGAAGACUUGUAUGUGGAAGGACUUCCAGAAGGAAUUCCCUUCAGGAGGCCAUCUACCUAUGGGAUCCCACGCCUUGAGAGGAUACUGCUGGCCAAGGAGCGGAUACGGUUUGUGAUUAAGAAACAUGAGCUUUUGAAUUCAACACGAGAAGAUGCACCGCUAGACAAACCAGCUGCAGGAGUGAAAGAAGAGUGGUAUGCCCGAAUCACCAAAUUAAGGAAGAUGGUAGAUCAACUUUUCUGUAAAAAAUUUGCUGAGGCCCUAGGGAGCACUGAACCGAAGGCUGUCCCAUACCAGAAAUUUGAGGCACACCCCAGUGAUCUCUAUGUGGAGGGUCUGCCAGAGAACAUUCCAUUUAGGAGUCCAUCCUGGUAUGGAAUCCCUCGGCUGGAAAAGAUUAUUCAAGUGGGCAACAGAAUAAAAUUUGUGAUCAAAAGGCCAGAACUACUAACUCUCAGUCCGACAGAAGUUACUCAACCAAGAUCUAAUACGCCAGUCAAAGAAGAUUGGAAUGUCAGAAUCACAAAACUAAGGAAGCAAGUGGAAGAGAUAUUUAAUCUGAAAUUUGCCCAAGCCCUGGGGCUUUCAGAGGCAGUGAAGGUUCCCUACCCUGUGUUUGAAUCAAACCCUGAGUACUUGUAUGUGGAAGGCUUGCCAGAAGGAAUCCCCUUCCGGAGUCCCACGUGGUUCGGAAUUCCACGCCUUGAAAGAAUUGUCCGUGGAAGUGGCAAAAUCAAAUUUAUUGUUAAAAAGCCAGAGCUGGUCACUUCUUAUUUGCCUGCUGGAUUGGCUAGUAAAGUAAACACUAAAGCAUUGAGUCCAAAGAGUUCAAAGAGAGCAAGAAGUCCUGCAAGCAAUUCAAAGGUUCCAGAGAUUGAGGUGACCGUUGAAGAAGGUCCUAAUAAACCACAAACAACAGAUGUUCGAACUAAUUCUCAAACCAAUGGAUCCAAUAUGGGCUUCAAGCCACGAGGAAGAGAGUUUUCUUUUGAGGCUUGGAAUGCCAAAAUUACUGACCUAAAACAAAAAGUUGAAAAUCUUUUUAAUGAAAAAUGUGGAGAAGCUCUGGGGCUUAAAGAUCCUGUCAAGGUCCCAUUUGCGUUAUUUGAAUCCUACCCAGAGGAUUUCUACGUGGAAGGACUACCUGAAGGGGUGCCAUUCCGCCGACCAUCUACUUUUGGCAUUCCAAGAUUGGAGAAGAUCCUGCGAAACAAAUCUAAGAUAAAAUUUAUCAUAAAAAAGCCUGAGAUGUUUGAGGCAGCGAUUAAGGAAAGCUCUGCUAAAAGUCCCCAGAGAAAAACCAGUUCAUCCAAUACAUCAAAUACAACAAGCACCACAACAAAGCCAGUGGUGAACACAGCCGCAGGGGUUGAAGAUCUUAACAAGGUUUUUAACGCUGUGACUGCAGCCUCCUUCUCCCUCCACCCUCAGCUUCCUGGUUUCAAAGUGUGGGCCCAGCUGGGCUUCAUUCUCAACUAA